CGUUUGCCCUCUGGACCCCCGGACGGUGUGCCAGCGUACACCCACGCGCUGCGGCGUGCACUCUGCUCCCUGACGCCUCAGGAAAAGCUCGGAGUGCCCGAAGGCUCUGGGGGGCGGUGGAUGCGCUGAAGGAUGGCCAUGUUUUGGAAAAUGGUGGCAGGUGGACUGCUCUUCACCGUCGGCCUCGCUCUGUUGUGGGGGCAAGUUGAAGGGCAGAGGACCGGCCGGGAUAAGAAAGAAGUAGCGGGUGAUUCCAUCAUCUACCUCGGUCAGGAAAGAGACCCCUGGAGGCCACUGAUCCGCACGACAGCCAACCUCUCCGAGAUCACCAACAUCAAGUCGUCUUUUCACUUUCGGACUUUUGACCCCGAAGGAGCAAUUUUCUACGGGGACACCAAAAAUGGAGAGGACUGGUUUGUUUUGUCUCUGAGGGACGGAUUCCCCCUCAUGCAGAUCAGCAAAGAAGAUGUUCUCGUCAGCGUGACGGGUGGACUGAAGCUCAAUGAUGGGAAAUGGCACACGUUGGAGGUGAGCAACGAGGGGAAGUUUGUGAUUCUGUUAGUGGACGGCUUAUCUGGACUGGAGGUGGGCAUGCAGUCCAAACAGACACAGGAGGUCAUCUCUGGUGAACUUCGACUGGCUCUUGGUGGAAUCCUGAUCGACAAGGACAAGCUGAUUGUCCAGUUUGAGCCGCAGAUGGACGGCUGUGUUCGGGAAGGCAGCUGGUUAAACCUCAGCAUCCCCUGGGAGGUCGAGGCUGAGGAGCUCUGGCUCUGCUAUCAAAACAUCCAACCAGGCAGCUACUUCGCUGGCAAAGGACUGGCUGUUUUCAACACCUCAGUUUUCUCCAUCGAUGAAGAUCGUGGCUUCAGGGUGGAGUUUUGGGGUGAUUUCAGUCAGAUGGACGGAACCAUUUUGAGCGUCAAGUCUUCACAGGAUGAGCUGUUAUUUACCGCAGCAGUGAGCAAUAGCACCAAGGAAGUCAUAGUCACAUCCAAGGCGGAAAAAAUCGCUGUGAAAAACAGCUUCAAGAGACUGCUGAUUACUUUCCUGAAGGAUUUAGUAAAAGUGCUUCCAGACGAAGAUGAAUCAAAGUUGAUAACGCUGGCCGGUGUGGUGAGCGACCCCGGUUAUUUCACAACUUUAAGAGAAGCUCAACUUGCUAUCGGUGGUCUUCUGGGUGAAGGUAUCGGCGGUUCUCACUUCUUGACGGGCUGUCUGCAGAAGAUCCAAGUCCAAGGGAAGGACUUGGAUUUGGAUUUAUCCGUCAAACACAUGUCAGUCUCAUCUCACAGCUGUCCUGCGUGAAACCACAAAAAGCCAGCGAGCUCCGUCUGCGGACUGAAUGUUUGCUGCUGCUGCAUUUAUUCCUCUGCUUUUGAGCCCCAGCACCAUAAGAAUACAGAAUAAACCUGUUUACAGACUAAUGUAAACACACCAGCACCUAAAAUGCAAAUGCAUAGCCCCAUAUACGCCCAUAAUACAACAAAAUAAAUGUAUAUUUGACUAAGAUAAAUUUAAAUUUCAAUCUUUUAGAUUAAGAGAGAAAAUACCAUCUGUUUGAUACAAAAACGUGAAGUGGCCAUGAAGAUUUGCAAUGGUUCCCAACCCUG